GACUAACCAGGCUCUCACAGGAGGACCAGUCUCCAACUGAAGUCCCUCAGCCAAAGUGGAAGGAAAGAGAAAAGAGGAUCCCAAACAGAAGAAAUGAAAACACCCCAGGGGACCUCCCACUCCGCCCCUUAGCAGGAAGAGGGUGGAGCCACCACUCCCAGUGCCCUGGGAGGUCAAGGGCCCCAGAAGCAGAAAACGGAGCCCUACCACAGAAGACAAAGAGCAAGGAAGGGACAAUCCCGCUGAGGAGUCAGCAGCAUGAAUCCACCGAUCAGAGACCCGAUGGACCGAAUGUAUCCAAAGACAUUCUACCGAAACUUUGAAGAAGUACCCUGCCCCUCUGAUCAGAACAGCACCUGGCUGUGCUUUGAGGUGGAAACCAAAAACCCAGCUGUCUCCUUCCACAGAGGGGUCUUUCGAAACCAGGGCCCUCUCAAGACUCCUUGCCAUGCAGAAGUAUGUUUCCUGACUUGGAUCCAGGAGGUGCUACCCCCUGACCACCACUCCCAGGUCACCUGGUAUGUAUCCAGGAGUCCCUGCGCCAGCUGUGCAAAUCUUAUUGUUCACUUUCUGGCCACGCACAGAAGGAUGACCCUGACCAUCUUUGCUGCCCACCUGAACCGCUUCUGGGAAUCAGAUUACCAGCAGGGGCUUCUCAGGAUGGAUCAGGAAGGGGUCCAGCUGCGCAUCAUGGGUCAUAAAGAAUUUGAAUACUGUUGGGACAACUUUGUGUACAACCAGAGAAAGCAAUUUGUGCCUUGGAAUGAAUUGAAUGAAAAUUGUGAGUUCCUGGUCCCCAAGCUGGAGGAGAUUCUCAGAGAGCCAAAGAUGGGAAUGUCUCCAGGUACAUUCUCCUUCCACUUUAACAACAGACCCAUCCUUUCCUUCCGGAAUGACACCUGGCUCUGCUUUGAGGUGAAAAGAAACAAGGACAACUCAUGCAACUCCCUCGACAGUGGGGUCUUUCGGAACCAGGGCCCUCAACAUUCUCGUUGGCACACAGAAGUGUGCUUCCUGACCUGGGUCAAGUCCCAGCUGUCCCGUGACCACUGCUACCAGGUCACCUGGUACUUGUCCUGGAGUCCCUGCGUUGACUGUGCAUGGCAAGUUGCUGACUUCCUAGUCAACCAUCCAAAUGUGAGCCUGACCAUCUAUGCUGCCCGCCUCUACUACUUCUGGAGACAGGAUUACCGCCAGGGGCUGCUCAGGAUGGCUGAGCAAGGGGCCCAGGUGCACAUCAUGUCCUCUGCAGAAUUUGAACACUGUUGGGAAAACUUCGUCAACUCAGAAAAUCCUUGGGUCAAUAAAGGGAACAAACUGAAAAACAACUAUGAAAAACUGGUCUCUAAGCUGGACGAGAUUUUCAGUGACCCGAUGGAGGGAAUGUUUCCAAACACGUUCCACGAGCAGUUCAACAACACACCUGCCUCCCAUGGUCAGAAGGACACCUGGCUGUGCUUUGAGGUGAAAGGAAACGGGAACAGCAACUCACUUGGCUCCUUCCACAGGGGGGUCUUCCGAAACCAGGUCCCUCCCAAGACUCGUUGCCAUGCGGAAGUACGCUUCCUCACUUGGUUCCAGGGGAUGCUGUCCCCUGACCUCCACUACCAAGUCACCUGGUACAUAUCCUGGAGCCCCUGCCCUGACUGUGCAGAUCUUGUGGCUGAUUUUCUGGCUAAACACAGAAAUGUGAGCCUUACCAUUUUCGCUGCCCGCCUCUACUACCACCGUGACCCAGAAGUGCACAGGGGACUUCGCAGGAUGUAUGAGGAAGGGGCCAAGAUAGACAUCAUGGCUUUUAAAGAAUUUAGACGCUGUUGGGACAACUUUGUCUACAACCAAAGCAAGCAAUUUGUGCCAUGGAAGGGAUUGAAUAAAAACUAUGAUAAGCUGGUCACUAAGCUGGAUGAGAUUUUCAGUGACCCAAUGGAGGGAAUGUUUCCAAACACGUUCCACGAGCAGUUCAACAACACACUUGCCCCCCAUGGUCAGAAGGACACCUGGCUGUGCUUUGAGGUGAAAGGAAACGGGAACAGCAACUCACUUGGCUCCUUCCACAGGGGGGUCUUCCGAAACCAGACUCCUUGCCAUGCGGAAGUACGCUUCCUCACUUGGUUCCAGGGAAUGCUGUCCCCUGACCUCCACUACCAAGUCACCUGGUACAUAUCCUGGAGCCCCUGCGCUGACUGUGCAGAUCUUGUGGCUGAUUUUCUGGCUAAGCACAGAAAUGUGAGCCUUACCAUUUUCGCUGCCCGCCUCUACUACCACGGUGACCCAGAAAUGCACAGGGGACUUCUCGGGAUGUAUGAGGAAGGGGCCGAGAUGAACAUCAUGGCUUUUAAAGAAUUUAGACGCUGUUGGGACAACUUUGUCUACAACCAAAGCAAGCAAUUUGUGCCAUGGAAGGGAUUGAAUAAAAACUGUGAUAAGCUGGUCACUAAGCUGGAUGAGAUUUUCAGCCUCUGAGAUGACCUGCUCCAGUCCAGGAUGGUCACCCACCGCGGCUGCUACAGGUGGAACUUGCCAGCACUCCGAACCAUUACCUGUGCCAAUGAACCUUCUGAAAGAGCAAUAGCUAAUAUUUCCCCUUGUUAUAAAACUCCUGACCUUGUUUGCUCUGAAUUUUAAUUUUCUCUUCCCAAAUACAACAGUGAAGGGAGA